AUGGGUUUGGUCCACAUGCUCAUACAUCUGGUUCACCGUCGCAAAGAAGGGAUUGAGCCAUCCAUGCGUCGAAUUCUGAGGGAGACUCACCGCAAAGCUGAUGGCACAUAUGUGGAUGAUAAGGCGAGGUCGAUCGAAGAAGAGAUUCAAAGACAAAUUGAUGUCCUCAGUCAAACAUCAGAUGGCGCCGCAGAAGGAGGUUCAAAGGGCACAACCUUGACUCGACUUGAUGAAGAUGAGCAGUUCUACAAGGUCGUUCCUGCUCAGAAUGGGAGGAUCUUCGGUGUCGGGGGAAACAACUACAUACGUGAGCGUGGAGAACGCUCAGCUGGUGCAGUGACAAGAAUAUCUCUUGAACGCCAAAUGACAUCUCUUCAAGAGCAACUGGCGACUAUGGUUGAGUAUAUGAGGCAAUAUAUGCCUGAAGGUUCAGCAAACACUUUCCCCUCCACACAGCCAACAUAUGCAACAGAUGCGUCGGUGACCAGCCCAACUCACUGCAACAACAUAGAUAACGGAGAUGCCAAUCCGGAAGCUGCGACUGGUGGAGCGGAAAUAGCUAAUGAACUAGACGGUGCUCAUGAGCAAGAAGACGAUGACAACAAUGAGCUUCUCGGCGGUGCCCUGUGGCCAUGA